AAAUGAGAGCUAGCACUUAUUCCUUAUGCCUACUAAUCAAAACCCUUUUAAGCAAAGAAAAGGAGGAUAAAACACAGACAUGAACAUAUUCUGUCCUGCUUCUGUGGUCUAGAUGUCAGCAUUCAAUCAAGACAUGAAAUUUAUUUUCUCAGUCAGAGACCUGUGAAAUUUGAAUUAAAUUCUUUGAAAGUUUCAUUCUGGGUAAAUAUUCAUGAAACACACCUGAAGAAACUAUCAUCACUCCUUCAGGAGUUUCACAAUUAAGAGAAGAUAUUUUACUCCAGAAGUUUUCUUGUGAACAGAAAAUAUAUGAGAUGACCCUGGAAAGUGACCCGCAGAAUGCUUGUGCUUUCCGUUACAAUGGGCUCUCCUUUGUCUACCUCAUCUACCUCCUGCUCAUUCCUUUGUUUUCAGAACCCACGAAAGCAACGAUGCAAGGGCAUACAGGACGAUUAUUGAAAUCUCUGUGUUUCACCAGUCUAUCAUUUCUGCUGCUGCACAUCAUCUUUCAGAUUACAGUAAACAGUCUUGAAGCUGCAAAAACGAUUGAACCUGGUUUUAACUGUUCUACAUGGGAGAAAACAUUACGGCAGAUUGGUUUUGAAAGUGUGAAAGGAGCAGAUGCUGGGAACGUGAUCAGACUAUUUGUACCAGAUAUUGGGAUGUUCAUUGCUAGUCUGACAAUAUGGCUCCUCUGCCGCAACAUGUUUCAGAAGCCAGUAACCGAGGAUGCAGCACAGUGCAACAUGCAGUUUGAAAAUGAGGAGAUGGCUGUAAGAGAAAAAUUAGAGCCAGAUGAUGCUUUGAUGUAUGAAGAAGAUCUAGAUGACGACGACUGUGGAGAAGCAGAAUUUGAGGAGACCAUGAAAUUAAAACUGCUGCGUAGAAUUGCCUUCCUAGCAUCCAAACUGAGGGAGUUUAUUGGCAAUAUGAUUAUCACCACUGGAAAAGUUGUUGUUACAAUUUUACUUGGUUCAGCAGGUAUGAUGGUGCCAUCUUUGACCUCAGCUGUGUAUUUCUUUGUGUUUUUGGGCCUGUGCACAUGGUGGUCCUGUUGCCAAGCAUUUGAUCCGCUGAUAUUCAGCUGUCUGUGUGUAUUAAUGGCUAUAUUCAGUGCAGGACACUUGAUUGGACUUUAUCUGUACCAGCUACAGUUCUUUCAGGAAGUUGUUCCACCAAAGGAUUUCUAUGCCAGGUUGUUCGGUGUCACUUCCCUUACUCAGACAAACUGCUCAAGCACUUGGAUGAUCAUCAAAAAUCAAGAGUUACAUUGGUAUCACCAUGCUAAUCCAAUCUUACUGCUGGUGAUGUACUACACCCUGGCAACUCUCAUUCGUCUCUGGCUGCAAGAGCCCAUUACGCCUGAUGAAGAGAAAUCUGUCAGCAGGGAAGAUGACAAAGAAGUUCCCUGCAGCCCAGUUCCAAUGACAGCGGAGAGGAGGCGCAGUCUGUGGUAUGCCAGCCACUAUACAACUGAUGAGAGAAAACUUCUGUCAAUGACCCAAGAUGAAUACAAGCCAUCGGAUGUGCUGCUGGUAACAGUGAACGGGAACCCUGCUGACUAUCACACCAUCCACCCCUCACUGCCACUAGAAAAUGGUCCAGCCAAAGCAGACAUGUACUCCACGCCACAGUACAAGUGGGAGCCUUCAGAUGGCAUGUCAGAAAAGGAAGAGGAGGAGGAGGAAGAAGAGGAAAUUACUCAGGAGGAAAAAGAAAAUGUUAAAUUACAUGCCCUGGUCUCUGUGUUUCAAUUUAUCAUGAAACAAAGCUACAUUUGUGCUCUGAUAGCUAUGAUGGCAUGGAGCAUCACAUAUCACAGCUGGUUGACUUUUGUGUUACUGAUCUGGUCUUGCACAUUGUGGAUGAUUCGGGACCGAAGGAAAUACGCCAUGAUCAGUUCACCAUUCAUGGUUUUUUAUGGAAAUUUAUUGCUAAUAUUGCAGUAUAUAUGGAGUAUUGAACUCAAGAACGAUGAACUUCCUCAAGUAUCUGGUUUUUUAAAAAGAAAGGAACCUGGGGAGUUGGCAUCAAAGAUUCUUUUCACAAUUACUUUCUGGCUACUGCUUAGGCAACACCUCACUGAACAGAAAGCACUUCGGCUAAAAGAAGCUACUUUAUCUGAGGUCAAAGUUGGAAGUGAAGAAAAUGAAGAAAAAGAAGAGGAGUCGCAAGAGGGAGAAGUGGCAGAAGAACAGGAAGAGGAGAAGGAAGAGGAGGAAGAGGGAGAAGAGGAGGAUGAACAGGAUAUUAUGAAAGUCUUGGGGAACCUGGUGAUGGCUAUGUUAAUCAAGUACUGGAUUUACGUCUGUGGGGGCAUGUUCUUCUUUGUCAGCUUUGAGGGUACAAUUGUCAUGUACAAAAUCAUCUACAUGGUACUGUUCCUCUUCUGUGUGGCCCUCUACCAGGUACACUAUGAAUGGUGGAGAAAGAUUUUAAAGUACUUCUGGAUGUCAGUGGUCGUUUACACAAUGUUGGUACUUAUCUUCAUCUACACAUACCAGUUUGAGUCAUUCCCUGGAUUGUGGAAGAACAUGACAGGCCUGGAUGAAAGGAAACUAGAGGACCUUGGAUUAAAACAGUUUUCUGUGGGUGAUCUAUUUACACGCAUCUUUAUCCCCACCUCCUUCCUACUGGUGUGUAUCUUACACCUUCACUAUUUCCAUGAUCAGUUUCUCCAGAUCACAGAUCUAAAAGCUGUAACCAGCAAACAGGACAACACUAUUUACAGACUGGUGCACCAAGAUGGAAGCCUGCCUGACAUAACUAUGAUGAAUUUAACAGCCAGCAGAGAAAAGGAAGAGGAUAAAAUGCUGGAAGAGGCUGGUGAGAAAAGAAUGGAAGAGUCAGAGGGGGAGGGAGGGAAAGAGAGGGUCAAAAAAGGAAAGGAAGAAGAGAAGGAAGAUGAGGAUAAGGAAGAUGAUGAUGAUGACGACGAUGAAGAUAAUGAAUCAGAGGAAGAAGAAACUACAGACUUAAGGAACAAGUGGCAUCUGGUGAUCGACCGCCUUACAGUGCUGUUUUUGAAAUUCCUGGAGUAUUUUCACAAGAUGCAAGUCUUUGUAUGGUGGCUGUUGGAGCUGCACAUCAUCAAAAUUGUUUCCUCUUACAUCAUCUGGGUCACAGUGAAAGAGGUGUCUCUGUUUAACUUUGUGUUUUUAAUUGCCUGGGCUCUUGCUUUGCCAUAUGCUCAGUUUCGCCCACUGGCAUCAAGUAUCUGCACUGUUUGGACAUGUGUGAUUAUUGUCUGCAAAAUGUUAUACCAGCUCACAUCUAUUGAUCCCAAGACAUUUUCCAGUAACUGUACAUUGCCAGGAGAGAAUGAAACUAAGGUCGAUUUAGAAGAACUGAAAACCUCAGUGCUCUACAGUGGGCCAGUUGAUCCUGCAGAGUGGGUUGGAUUGAGGAAGUCUUAUCCCCUUCUUGUGUACUUAAGGAAUAAUUUACUGAUGCUGGCUAUUCUGGCUUUUGAAGUUACAAUUUACCGUCACCAAGAGUACUACAGAUGUCGAAAUAACCUCACCACACCUGUGACUAAAACCAUUUUCCAUGAUAUUACAAGAGCUCAUCUGGAUGAUGGACUUGUAAACUGUGUCAAGUAUUUCAUAAACUACUUCUUCUACAAGUUUGGUUUGGAGACCUGUUUUCUUCUAUCAGUGAAUGUAAUUGGUCAAAGGAUGGAUUUCUAUGCAAUGAUUCACGCCUUCUGGCUGAUAGCUGUGUUGUAUCGACGUAGGAGAAAAGCUAUUGCAGAGAUCUGGCCAAAAUAUUGCUGUUUUCUAGCAUGCAUCAUUACAUUCCAGUAUUUCCUUUGCAUUGGCAUCCCACCUGCUCCUUGUAAAGACUAUCCAUGGAGAAGUGGCAAUGCCAACUUCAACUCCAACAUCAUAAAGUGGUUAUACUUUCCAGACUUCAUUGUGAGACCAAACCCUGUCUUCCUUGUGUACGACUUCAUGCUGCUUCUGUGUGCAUCCUUGCAAAGGCAGACGUUUGAGGAUGAAAAUAAAGCUGCAGUACGAAUCAUGGCUGGAGACAAUGUGGAAAUUUGCAUGAACCUUGAUGCAGCAUCCUUUAGCCAGCAUAAUCCUGUUCCUGACUUCAUCCACUGCCGGUCCUACUUAGACAUGUAUAAAGUGAUAAUAUUUAGUUACCUCUUCUGGUUUGUGCUUACCAUCAUCUUCAUCACGGGAACCACAAGGAUCAGCAUAUUCUGUAUGGGCUACUUAGUGGCCUGCUUUUAUUUCCUUCUGUUUGGUGGAGACCUGCUGCUGAAGCCCAUUAGGAGCAUUCUACGUUACUGGGACUGGCUGAUUGCCUACAACGUCUUUGUGAUCACCAUGAAGAACAUCCUCUCGAUAGGAGCGUGUGGCUACAUUGAAUCUUUAAUUGAGAAUAGUUGCUGGGUGAUUCAGGCAUUUAGCCUGGCUUGUACAGUUAAAGGCUACCAUAUUCCAACGGGCAAUCUAGAUUGUAAACUGCCCAGUGGAGAAGCAGGAAUCAUUUGGGACAGUAUAUGUUUUGCUUUCCUGUUGCUGCAAAGAAGAGUCUUCAUGAGUUACUACUUCCUUCACGUGGUUGCAGAUAUAAAAGCCUCACAGAUAUUAGCAUCAAGGGGUGCUGAGCUUUUUCAGGCUACAAUUGUCAAGGCUGUAAAGGCAAGAAUUGAAGAGGAAAAAAAAUCAAUGGAUCAACUGAAAAGACAAAUGGAUCGCAUCAAAGCCAGGCAGCAAAAAUACAAGAAGGGUAAAGAGAGGAUGCUAAGCAUGAACCAGGAGUCCUCAGAGGGGCCUGAGAUUCGGAAGGUUUCUGAAGAGGAUGAUGAAGGAGAUGCAGACAAAGAGAAAGCCAAGGGCAAAAAAAAGCUGUGGUGGCGGCCUUGGGUUGAUCAUGCUUCCAUGGUCAGAAGUGGAAAUUAUUAUUUGUUUGAGACGGAUAGUGAAGAGGAAGAAGAAGAGGAAAAAAAAGAAGAGGAAGAGCCUCGAAAAAAAUCUGCAUUUCAGUUUGUCUAUCAAGCCUGGAUAACUGACCCUAAAACAGCUCUAAGACAGAGGCGGAAAGAGAAGAAAAGUUUUGGGAAAGAGAAGAGAAGGCGAAAAGGAUCUGGGGAUGGAGGUGGCAAUGAUGCAGACUGUGAGGACAGCGAAGAGGAACCUGUCAAAAAGAAAUCUGAUGGACCAGAUAACAUCAUCAAGAGGAUAUUUAAUAUCUUGAAGUUUACUUGGGUCCUUUUCCUGGCAACGCUGGACAGUUUCACAGCUUGGCUCAACUCCAUCUCCAGAGAGCACAUCGAUAUCUCCACUGUGCUCAGGAUCGAGCGCUGUAUGCUGACCAGGGAGAUUAAGAAGGGAAAUGUUCCGACACGGGAGAGCAUCCAUUUGUAUUACCAGAACCAUAUGAUGAAACUUUCUGAAGAGUCAGGACUGGACUCAAUUGAUAAAAAUCCCAGUCAAGCUUCUGGUUUGCAAGCAUCUGAAAGAAUGGAUAGUUUAGAUUCAGCAGCAUCUCAUGACAGCAUUUCCAGUGAGCCCACACAGGUCACCAUGCUCUAUUCCCGUCAGGGGACCACAGAAACCAUUGAGGAGGUAGAAGGGGAGCAUGAAGAAGAAGGAGCUCAUUCUGCAUCAAGGUUGGAGGAAGAGGAUGUGGAAGAUUAUAGCCUGGAUUCAGAAGGAGCUGCAUAUACUCCUGAUACCGAUGUGCCAUUGUACUCCACAGUGGACAGCAAUGCAGAAGCUCCGCCUUCCUACAGCAAAGCUGUCAGCUUUGAGCACCUUCCCUUUGGCUCCCCAGAUGACUCAGCUGGGAAGAGCCUCAUGAUGGUGAGCCCGGACGACAGUCGGACGGACAAACUUGACACGAUUCUGCCCCCGCUGACACACGAGCUAACAGCUAGUGAGCUGCUCCUCAACAAGAUGUUUCAUGAUGAUGAGUUGGAGGAGUCAGAGAAGUUCUAUGUUGGUCAGCCUCGAGUCUUGCUGCUUAUUUAUGCCCUGUACAAUACACUGGUGGCCCGGUCAGAAAUGGUGUGCUAUUUUGUGAUCAUCCUUAACCACAUGAUCUCUGCCUCCAUGAUAACCCUGGUGCUUCCCAUCCUUAUAUUCCUGUGGGCCAUGCUGUCUGUUCCUCGGCCAAGCAAGCGCUUCUGGAUGACAGCCAUUGUCUACACUGAGGUGGCCAUUGUCAUCAAAUACUUCUUCCAGUUUGGCUUCUUUCCUUGGAAUAAACAUGUGGAUUACACAAAAGAUAAACCUUACCAUCCACCCAAUAUUAUUGGCAUUGAGAAGAAGGAGGGAUAUGUGCACUAUGAUCUUGUUCAGCUUCUUGCUUUAUUCUUCCACAGAUCCAUUUUAAAGUGCCAUGGAUUGUGGGAUGAAGAUGAGAAAGGAGACAGCUCCAGUAAUAAAGAGGAUACUGAUGAUGAGCUCUCCCUGAGAGGAGGCAGGAGAGACUCUUCUGCCUCUUUGAAAUCUGUCAAUCUUGCCGCAUCCGUGGAGUCCAUCCAUGUCCACUUCCCAGAGCAGCAGACUGCCAUCAGGAGGAAGAGUUCCAGCAGCAUAUCCCAGCUUUCUCACAGGUCCAGCUUCUCCUCACACAGAUCUAAGAGAGGGAGUACCAGUACACGGAACAGCAGUCAGAAGGGAAGCAGUGUGUUAAGCAUCAAGCAAAAAUCUAGAAAAGAGCUUAUCAUGGAAAAGUUUCGAGAACAAAUGAUCAAAGCCAAGGCUUUUACAAUUAAAAAGACUCUCCAGGUGUACGUGCCCAUCAGACAGUUUUUCUACAAUCUUAUUCAUCCAGACUACAGUGCAGUGACUGAUGUGUACGUGCUGAUGUUCCUCGCAGAUACAGUGGACUUCAUCAUCAUUGUGUUUGGAUUUUGGGCUUUUGGGAAACAUUCUGCUGCAGCAGAUAUCACCUCUUCAUUAUCAGAGGACCAGGUCCCAGAGGCAUUUUUGGUGAUGGUGCUCAUUCAGUUUGGUACCAUGGUGGUAGAUCGAGCACUGUACCUCAAAAAGACUGUCAUGGGAAAAGUCAUCUUCCAGGUCAUCCUUGUUUUUGGAAUACAUUUCUGGAUGUUCUUUAUCUUGCCUGGAGUGACAGAAAGGAAAUUCAGCCAGAACACAGUUGCCCAGCUCUGGUAUUUUGUGAAAUGUGUUUAUUUUGGCUUAUCAGCUUAUCAGAUACGCUGUGGAUAUCCAACUCGUGUUCUUGGCAACUUCCUCACAAAAAGUUAUAACUAUGUCAACCUGUUCUUAUUUCAAGGGUUCCGCCUAGUUCCAUUUUUGACCGAGCUGAGAGCAGUAAUGGACUGGGUUUGGACUGACACCACUCUCAGUCUUUCCAGCUGGAUCUGUGUUGAAGAUAUCUAUGCUCAUAUAUUCAUCCUGAAGUGUUGGCGUGAGUCAGAAAAAAGAUAUCCCCAACCAAGAGGCCAGAAGAAAAAGAAAGUUGUGAAGUAUGGAAUGGGUGGCAUGAUUAUCGUCUUGCUGAUUUGUAUUGUCUGGUUCCCACUGCUCUUCAUGUCUUUAAUCAAAUCUGUUGCAGGCAUCACCAACAAGCCUCUAGAUGUAUCAAUCACAAUAACUCUAGGAGGUUAUCAGCCUAUUUUUACCAUGAGUGCUCAGCAGAAUCAGCUCAAAAGUUUGGAUCCGAAUGAGUUCAGUGAAUUUCUGAAAAGCUAUAGCGGUAACACUGCUGCUUUGCAGUUUCUAGAAGGCUAUGCAAGAGAAGAUAUAACUCGAGCAGAUCUGGAGGGAAAUUCAAACUCUUUAUGGACCAUCAGCCCUCCCAGUAGACAGAAAAUGAUACAGGGACUUCUAGACUUUGAUGCUGAUUUCAGUUUAGUUAUUUCAUGGACCAUUCAGAGAAAUCUCUCCCUCGGUGCCAAAGCUGAAAUAGCAUCAGAUAAACUUACCUUUACACUGAAAAACCAUACCAGAAGAGAUAUUGCUAGAAUGAUGGAGGGAAAUCAAACGGAAAAGGUAACGUUAGAGGAAAUGUACCCAUACUACAUCAAGGCUCCUAGUGAUUCUCUGGCAAAACCCAUAAAGCAGCUAUUGAGAGACUGCAAGUGGGAAAAUAUUACAGUUUCCCUUGUCAAAAAUACAUCUGAAGAGUGGUGGGUUUUGAAUCAGCUUGGAAAAAGACAAAAAACAACUCAUGAAAGUCUUGAACUCUUCAUAUUCAGUGAUAAAGUCAGUCCACCGAGCCUUGGAUUCUUGGCUGGUUAUGGCAUUAUGGGACUCUAUGCCUCAGUUGUCCUGGUGAUAGGGAAGUUCGUCCGUGAAUUUUUCAGUGGGAUCUCUCACUCCAUCAUGUUUGAGGAGCUACCCAAUGUGGACCGAAUCCUGAAGCUGUGUACUGACAUUUUCCUAGUGCGAGAGACUGGAGAACUGGAACUAGAGGAAGACCUGUAUGCCAAGCUAAUAUUCCUGUAUCGCUCACCAGAGACUAUGAUCAAGUGGACUAGGGAAAAAACUAAUUGAUCUCUUUGGCAUCACACUGCAAAUCAAGUUGGUUAAAUCUGAAUUUUAAAGGAAAAAGAAAAAAAGCACAAUAUUCUCUUAAGAGCUAAGUCUUUUAUAGUUGGGUAGCAAUGAUUUUUCACUGAAGGAAUCCUGGAAGCUACGGCCUUAGGAAUCCAUGCUGCCUUUCAAAUUAAGGAUCAACAGUGAAGAAGGUUGAAUGAUUUAUUGUUUUUAAUGUGCCACUCCUCUACAAUCUGGGGACUGCUUUGUAAUUUAAUCAGCAAAAAGUUUGCAUCUUUGUCUGGCUAAUUUAAUUUUCCAGACGACCAUUACAACUUAAAGAUAAACUAAAGGAUUGAACCCACAGAUGACUCCAGUGUACCUUCUUAAUCCUUCCUGGAGCCACACAGUUUGGAUUGUGCAAUAUGCUGUUGUACAUCACUGACUUUCAAGCUACAGUAAUGGGACACUGAUGAGCCUUCAGGACACCCAGCACCCAGGGCCACACUGGGAACUGAAGACAUUCUAGCCAUACCCAUUUGUAGAAAAGCAGAGGUUUUUGAUGUACAAGGGACACUGUGGACAAGCCUCUGUCAGCAAAAAGAAACCAAGUAACAAUCUCUUGAAAUGCCUUAUUUUAUUUGUACAGUCACAGGAGACAUUUCCACCAAACAUCAAUGACUUUUCUCAGGAAAAAGAAAAAGCAACUGAAACUUGACACUUCGUCAAGAUUAACUAAUGGCUAGAAUAAUUAUGGUGAAUUAUGGGGUGUUCUGCUGGGCCAUUCUCUUCAGCAUUACUGCUUUCUGUUGGAUGAGAAAAGAAAGUGAAAUCGAUGACCUAAUGAGCUACUUCAUUUCUUAUAACCCUUUAAAGACUGAGUAGUGUGUGCUUCUCUCUGCUCCCCAUGACAUGCUUUUUCCCAUUUCGAUGAUUUAAGGCAACUGUUGUUUUGCUGUUAGCUGAUAUUCUUCUUCCAGUGUUUCAGGUAUACGAAAAUGUUUACAUAUUCCAAGUCACAUUUUUACAUCUGAGACGGGUUUUUUUUUUUUAAGUUCCCAAAUGUAGACAUACAUAUGAGCUUGAGAAAUGCCCUCUUUUUAAAAUUGCUAUUAUUAGUGAAACAAAUGCUCAUUAGAGAACAUUGCAGCAUGAAAAUUUACAAUUGCAAUGUAGGUUUCUUUCCAUGUUAAAAAAAAAAAAACCUGAGAAAAAAGAUCAUUGAGUGGGUAGGGUAUGUUAAAAGGACAGACUUGUAGUUUUGAUUCAGUAAUUACUUAAAAUAAAGCACAUGUUGCAAAGUCAUUUUAGAAGUAUUUUUUCCUCUGCCUUUUUACAUGAAAUGGGAAAAGUUUGACGUUCUUCUUAAUCUGUGACAAAUAAAUCUCUUUCUUGUAGUUAGCUGCUAUUUAUUAUAUGAAUGAUUAGUUAAUCACCAGAAAGAAACUAACAUAAUUUGCUGGCACAUUUUACUGCAGAACUUCAUAAAACAGCACAACUAAAUGAAGUUGAAACAUACUCUGCUGAGUGCUUCCAUGACAAAUGCUGUCACAUCCAUUCUAUACUGUGAAAACUAACACUUUGAGCACAUUGAUGUGCACAAAAUAAAAAUUGCUUCGUGAUAUUGUAACAAUAAAAUAAUUUGGUGACUGGAACUCACUGGAAGACAACCUGAUUUCCUCUGAAGUAAAAAGGUGGCUGCUCAUACAGCCAGGCAGCAUUCCCCCUUGGAAAGUUUUGCUCCAUUUCUUUCAUAGGUCCUGUGAAUGAAAAUUGAAAUAUAAAGGGCAGCCCUGACAUAGCACCCAGGGAUGCUAAAAUAUCUUUUAUAUUUAGAUGGAGCCUCACCUGGGUGUUCAGUGAUUUUAAGGAGACCAACACUGGAAGGAGAAGUGUGUUUCUAAAGGUACCAGCCAGCAGAACCAUGCUGGCUACAGCUGGUCCCAGCUCCCUUCCUGGUUCCUUCUCUUCAACAGGCACUUCCUUUUUGUUGGGAAAAAUCUGAAUGAGCUGUACAGUUAUUUGGGCUUUGCAAAAAUGUGCUGCUCUUUCUUUCAUGGAUUGAUCAAACUUUGAAAAUAAAAGGAUUCUUCUGUUGG